UGACAAAAGUUAAUCGUUUUAUUUCUCCCUUCUCGAACACUCAAAAGCAUCUUUGAAGCUGAUGUCGUUGAAGCUCCACCAUCAGAAUCUUCCUUCCUCUAGUUCUUCUAGUCCAUGGCCUUCAGUUAAAGCAGUGAGAAACUAUUAUUUCAGCAGGAAAGUAGUAGGCUUGGAUCACCUGAUAUACAAUCAGUGCAAUACAAGGAGGAGAUGCCACACAAAAUUUUAUUUGUUGCAGGGUGGAAAUCGUGAUCUUAGCUGCACAUCUGAUUCUAUGAAACGUAGGAUUAAUCCUCGAACAUCAAGGAUAUUACACCUUUUACCUUUUGCUUCUACUGAGGAUGGUGUGUCAGUCAAUGGCAGUUCCAGACCAACUACCAGCAGUGAUAUGGAGGAUAUGAGACUAAAACUAGAUCUAUCUCUGCAAGGUGAAGAGAACAGUUCUGGACUUGUCCAAUCAUUGCAUGAUGCUGCAAGAGUAAUUGAGCUGGGACUUAGACAACAAGGCUCAUUAUCUAGGGUAUCCUGGUUUUCAACUGCCUGGUUGGGUGGUGAUAGAACUGGUUGGAUCAAGGUGCUAUCUUAUCAGGCAUCUGUAUACUCUCUACUGCAAGCAGCAAAUGAGAUUUUAUCUCGAGGAGAUGAAAGAGAUAAUGAUAUUAAUGUUUUCACGCAGAGGAGUUUAUCAAGGCAAUCUGCUCCUUUGGAGAGCUUGAUUAGGGAUAGUUUAUUAGCCAAGCAACCUGAAGCUUAUGAAUGGUUUUGGUCUGAGCAAAUUCCCGCAGUGGUUACCACCUUUGUGAAUUAUUUUGAGAAGGAUCAGCAAUUUGCUGCUGCUACUGCAGAGACCAGAAAGCAAACAUUUUUAUCUCCUCGAAAUGCCAGUGAUGUAUCACUCCUUAUGCUUGCACUCAGUUGCGUUGCUGCGAUUAUGAAACUUGGUGCUGCAAAACUGUCAUGUACACAAUUCUCGUCUCUUGUUCCGGACACACUUGGAAGAUUGAUGGACAUGCUUGUCGAAUUUAUUCCUCUCCGACAGGCCUAUCAUUCCGUGAAGCCUAUUGGUCUGCGUAGAGAAUUUCUUGUCCAUUUUGGUCCCAGAGCUGCAGCAUGUAGAGUACGAAAUGAUUCAGGAACUGAAGAGGUUAUAUUCUGGGUGAGUCUUGUCCAAAAGCAGCUUCAACGAGCUAUAGAUCGAGAGAGAAUAUGGUCCAGACUCACCACAAGUGAGAGUAUCGAGGUUCUCGAAAAGGAUCUGGCCAUAUUUGGUUUCUUUAUUGCUUUGGGUAGAAGCACAAAGGCUUUUCUUUCUGAAAAUGGAUUUGAUACUCUUGAUGAGCCGAUUGAAGAAUUAAUUAGGUAUCUGAUUGGGGGCAGUGUAUUGUAUUAUCCUCAACUUGCAUCAAUAAGCUCUUAUCAACUGUACGUGGAGGUUGUGUGUGAAGAGCUAGACUGGCUUCCUUUUUAUCCAGGCAUUACUGCUAAUUCUAUCCGCAAUACUGGGCACAAAAGUAAACAAGAAGUUCCUCCAAAUUUAGAAGCUAUUCCACUAGUAUUAGACGUGUGCUCUUACUGGAUCCAGAGUUUUAUCAAAUAUAGUAAAUGGCUGGAGAACCCUUCUCACGUCAAGGCAGCAAGAUUCCUUUCAGUUGGGCACAACAAGCUUAAGAAGUGCAGGGAAGAUUUAGGAAUUGAGAAGACUCGCGCGGGAGCUUAUUCACAGAUCAAGAAAGAAACAGAUUCCUUUGAUAAGGCACUGGAGAGUGUCGAAGAGGCUUUGGUAAGGCUAGAGGUAUUGCUUCAGGAGCUGCAUAUGUCAAGUGCUAGUUCACAGAAGGAGCACUUAAAAGCUGCAUGUUCUGACCUUGAAAGGAUUCGUAGAAUCAAAAAAGAGGCUGAAUUUCUUGAGGUUUCAUUUAGAACUAAAGCAGCUUUCCUACAGCAGGAGGAAGAUGCUACUAUGUCUACAUCAUCAAGUAGGGAUGAGCAACAGUUCUCUAAACGCAAGGACAACAAGGAUGGUCAAAAUAGGAGUGGGAACAACAGGAUACAGGGAUUAUGGAGCUUUGUAGGACGUCAACCUAGCAAAUCAGUAGACCAGGCAUCAUCGACACCUAAUGAUAUCGGUGAUGAUGAACCAUCAGAGAGUACAGGCAUUAUGGAUUCAAAGUCAAAUGAAGUUCGAAAGUUUGAACUACUAAGGAGUGAGCUAAUGGAACUGGAGAAGCGGGUUCAAAGAAGUGCUGAUCAAUGUGAAUAUGAGGAGGAGGAAAGUCAGAAGGCAGAUCGCACUUCCAAACAUUCUGCAGGAGCUGAAAGUACUCAAUUGGUUCUUCAGAAGAAAAAAGAGAGUGUUAUUGAGAAAUCAUUGGAAAAACUGAAAGAAACUAGCACGGAUGUUUUGCAAGGAACUCAGCUUCUCGCUAUCGAUGUUGCUGCAGCUCUAGGGCUACUUCGGAGGUCCAUAGUAGGGGAUGAGUUGACAGAAAAAGAGAAGCAAGCAUUGCGGAGAACUUUUACUGACUUGGCAUCAGUCGUACCUAUUGGAUUUCUUAUGCUUCUCCCUGUUACAGCAGUUGGGCAUGCUGCUAUGUUGGCUGCAAUUCAAAGAUAUAUGCCAUCUCUGAUACCUUCUACGUAUGGACCAGACAGAUUAGACCUCCUAAGGCAGCUUGAGAAAGUCAAGGAAAUGGAAACUGAGGUGAAUCCAACUGAAAAGGCUGAUGAAUAGCCCAGGUUAAAGCAUACGAAAACAGCUAAUCAUAUAGUUCUACCGUCAAAUUCAUUUCAACUUGGUUCUAUAUCCAUUCAACAGUAGAUAGGCGUAAAGAAGUUCAUUCCAAGAGUCUGGCACUCCCGGUAGGCACCAGUGGCUGCAGUCUUGUGGUGCACCAGCCGGGGUGCCAGGUUCACGAUAUUUUGAAGGGUGACCAUCUUUCCUGAACUCACUUAGAUAUGUGAUGUUUAGGAAGGUCACGUUUCUUCUUGUUUUUUGCAUUUUCUCAACUACCUCAGAAAUGAAUAUAUUGUUGGCUGGCUCUUUCUCCAGCUU